AUGGAGACACCAAUCAUGCAGACAGCAAAAGCUUCGACGGGUAUGCAGACCCGAGCAACCGCCCGGCAGGCACUUGCCGACAUCACGCCAGCCACGGACUCUGAAGCCAUGGAUAUCUCCCCGGACACCACGUCGGUGAACGGGGCCGAACCCAAGGACCCCCCGCAAUCCUGGGACCGCAUCUGCGUCUCCAAAGACUGCCCGAUCAAGCACCCGCACAACUUCGGCCUUCGACCUCAAACGCUUCCGGCUCCUCUGGCUAUCUGGCAGGACGCCGAUGCGGUCGUCGCCGACGAUUGCGAAUAUCCGGACACCCGGCCUCCGCCGUUGAUCCGGGCCAUGAUCGACACUCUGCGGAAUGACCCCUUGAUCGGGACGAGAUAUCCGGGGUUCACGGAUGUCUUGAGAGACUUUUAUCGCGCUCACGGCGGGCGUAGUGAUAGGUAUCAUGGGGCUGCGGGCAUGUUCGAUCUUGGUGUGGAUCUUGGUGGUGGUCAUGGAUAUGGCUUCUACCCAUAUCACGGGCAUCCGGAUCAUGAGGGGAUAGAAGGAUGGUUUGCGUUUGAGAUCGAGAAGGAUGCCGAGAACGAAGAUCCGGUGGCAAAGGGCUGCCACUAA